AUGGGGGAUGGCAUGUUAAAAAAGUUUUCUCGUACAUUAUCCGAUUAUCUCCAGAUGUAUGGUUCUGGAGUUAUAAUGAGGAUUUGUUCAGUGUCAUGUAGGGCAUAAAAAACAAACGAAUAUGUCUUGUCUUUAAAAUCGGUGUUUUAGAUUAAGAACUGUGAGAAGGGUGAGAGUGCUCCAUUGUAAAUUAGAACAUGAGGGAUUCUCUCUGUCUUGGUCUUUUCCCUGCAAUGCUUCAAUUUUUUCCUGAAUGAAGAAGAAAGACUGCAGUUAUUUUCGUUGCUCAAAACUUUUACAGGAACUUGCCCACUGCAUCAUCUACCAUGUAAACAAGAAUUGAGCUGUCCUAAUCGUAAACCAUCAUAGCUCGAGCUUCAAGCGUUCCAGAGAGUGCAGUGUAAGGCCAUGGCCUUUGCUAUUUCCAAUCCAACUUCCAUUGCUUCUUCAGUGCCACCAUCGCUACUUAAAUCGCAGACCCAAGCGAGAGCAGGGACUAAUUCAUUUCGUCUCAACACCCACCAUUUAAACUCACAGGUUGUUUCCCGGUUAAAAAGUGAGGGCGGUGGUCGUCGGGUUUGGCGCCGGAGAAAAUUGGCGAAGAAGGAUGAAAUGUUGCAGUACAAGUUGGAGAGGAUGCCGUUCUUAGAGGAGCAAGUUCGGAAGAUAAGGGAAGGAGGGAAACUGUUGACGAUGGACAUUGAGAGACUGUUGCUAUCUGAGGACAAUCGUUUUGAUUUUGUGAAUGAUGUAGCGGCUGAGGCCAAAGAAUAUGUUGAGAAUAACCGGGAUGAAUACGGAGGUUCGAAGAAAGCUAUACUUCAUGUGCUCAGUAACCGUGUCAAUGAUUCGGGGUUUUACCGGCCGGAUGCUUAUGCCGAAUCUGACCCUUUCAAGCCUGGACCUACUUAUUUGAAGGAAGAAUUUACAUAAAAGGUUUUAAAGGUAACAUAUGUGUUUUAAGACUGUAAUAGGUUGAAUGCUAGUGUACAUGAUGAUCAAGAUUUUCUUCCUUUGAAACAUUUCAUGUCUAAAUGGUUUAAUUGGCUACGUAUCAAAUUUUAAACUUGAAAUCAUCACAUGGACAGUUCAGAUUUAA